AUGAUACAACAUAAACCUCAAUUGAAAGUAUUGGGAAUAGAUGUUCAACUAAUAAGGUCAUUAUUAAAAGUUAUAAUUCUUAUAUCAAUAGCAGGAGCAGCAAUAUCAUCAAGAUUAUUUUCAGUUAUAAGAUUUGAAUCAAUAAUUCAUGAAUUUGAUCCAUGGUUUAAUUUUAGAGCAACAAAAUAUUUGGUACUGCAUUCAUUUUAUGAAUUUUUAAAUUGGUUUGAUGAUAGAACUUGGUAUCCUUUGGGAAGAGUUACUGGUGGUACAUUAUAUCCUGGAUUAAUGGUUACUUCUGGAGCAAUAUGGCAUAUUUUAAAAGAUUGGUUUAAAUUACCUAUUGAUAUUAGAAAUAUUUGUGUUAUGUUAGCUCCUGUAUUUAGUGGAUUAACAGCUAUUGCAACAUAUUUUUUAACAAAAGAAAUGAAAGAUUCAAAUGCUGGUUUAUUAUCUGCUAUAUUUAUGGGUAUAGCUCCUGGUUAUAUAUCAAGAUCUGUUGCUGGUUCAUAUGAUAAUGAAGCUAUAGCAAUUACAUUAUUAAUGGCAACUUUUUAUUUUUGGAUCAAAUCUAUGAAAUUGGGAUCAAUAUUUUAUGCUACUUUAACUGCUAUUUUCUAUUUUUAUAUGGUUAGUGCAUGGGGUGGUUAUGUAUUUAUAACAAAUUUAAUUCCAUUACAUGUAUUUGUUUUAUUGAUAAUGGGAAGAUAUAAUCCAAGAUUAUAUUCUGCUUAUACUACAUGGUAUGCAUUAGGUACAUUAGCAAGUAUGCAAAUUCCAUUUGUUGGUUUUUUACCAAUAAGAUCAAAUGAUCAUAUGGCUGCUUUAGGAGUAUUUGGAUUAUUACAAUUAAUUGCAUUUGGUGAUUAUGUUAAAUCAAAGAUCCCUUCAAAACAAUUUAAAUCAUUUUUAAUUGUUUCAUUAGCUUUAACAUUUAUUUUGGGAGUUGGAGCAUUAUUUGGUUUAACUGCAUUAGGUUGGAUUGCUCCAUGGACUGGUAGAUUUUAUUCAUUAUGGGAUACAAAUUAUGCUAAAAUUCAUAUACCAAUUAUUGCAUCAGUUUCAGAACAUCAACCAACUGCAUGGCCUGCUUUCUUUUUUGAUACAUCAAUGUUAAUUUGGUUAUUUCCUGCAGGAAUAUAUUUAUGUUUUCAAGAAUUAAAAGAUGAACAUGUAUUUGUUAUAAUUUAUAGUGUUUUAUGUUCAUAUUUUGCUGGUGUUAUGGUUCGUUUAAUGUUAACUUUAACUCCUGUUAUAUGUAUUGCUGGUGCAAUUGCAUUAUCUAAAUUAUUUGAUGUUUAUUUAAAUGUUGUGGAUGUAUUCACUACAACCACCACCACCAGCAAACAAGAAAAAUAUAAAAAAUUACCAAUUGCUACAUUAAUUUCAAAAUUAAUUAUAUUAUUAUCAUUUACAUUUUAUUUAUUUUAUUUUGUUUUACAUUGUACUUGGGUAACAUCAAAUGCUUAUUCAUCACCAUCAGUUGUAUUAGCUUCAAAAAAUCCAGAUGGUUCUCAACAUUUAAUUGAUGAUUAUAGAGAAGCUUAUUAUUGGUUAAGAAUGAAUACUCCAGAAGAUUCUAAAAUUAUGGCUUGGUGGGAUUAUGGUUAUCAAAUUGGUGGAAUGGCUGAUAGAACAACUUUAGUUGAUAAUAAUACUUGGAAUAAUACUCAUAUUGCAACUGUUGGUAAAGCAAUGUCAUCCAGGGAAGAAGUAUCUUAUGAAAUUUUAAAACAACAUGAUGUUGAUUAUGUUUUAGUUAUAUUUGGAGGAUUAUUAGGUUAUUCAGGUGAUGAUAUAAAUAAAUUUUUAUGGAUGGUUAGAAUAGCUGAAGGUAUUUGGCCAGAUGAAAUAAAAGAAAGAGAUUUUUUUACAGAAAGAGGAGAAUAUAAAGUUGAUAAAGAUGCUUCCCAGGCAAUGAAAAAUUCAUUAAUGUAUAAAAUGUGCUAUUAUAGAUUUGCUGAAUUAUUUGGUGGUAGAGAUGGUGUAGAUAGAGUUAGAAAUCAACAAAUUCCAAGUGGGGAAUCUCCAAAGCUAAAUGUUAUUGAUGAAGUUUUCACUUCAGAAAAUUGGAUUGUUAGAAUUUAUAAAGUUAAAGAUUUAGAUAAUCUUAAUAGAAAUUUAAUUCAAACUACAAAAGCUGGAACUAAAAAGAAAUCAAGAGCUAUUAAAAGACCUACCUUGGAAUUAAGGGAAUAA